AUGGCCUUUUUCGACAAGCUCGCGGGCAUUUUCGCGCAGCAGAACGGUCCGUCCUCGACGCUCGAGGAAUUUCUUGUAUCUCUCGGCACGCCUUCCGUCUCCAUCGCAGUGCUGGACAAGGGUAGCAUCGAAGCGAGAUGCUUUUCGACCGUCGGCGACAAUGAGGCAACUCUCUUCCAGGCCGCCAGCAUCUCUAAGCCCAUCGCCGGCACCGCUAUCAUGAGGCUCGUCAGCCAGGGCAGACUUUCUUUGGAUGAUAAGCUCCUCCACGUCCUCCCCGACGAGCUCUUCAGAAACUUGGGGCCGCCCGAGAUCCUGCGCCAGAUCACCCUUCGCCACCUGCUGAGCCACACGGCCGGCUUCCGCACCUCGAGCUACACGGGCUAUCCCGACAACAUGCCGUCGGCUCUGGACACGCUCCUCGACAGGAACGGCGGCCGCAACCUCCCCGAGAAGCUCAGCGCGUUCCCCGGUCAGCAGUUCGCCUACUGCGGGGGCAACUUCGCCAUGCUGCAGCUCAUCCUGGAGAGGGUCUUUGAUAAGCCAUUCACGAAGAUCGUCGAGGAACAGGUGUUUCAACCCCUGGACAUGUCGGACACGAGCUACGCGACGCCGGCGCACGACGACGAGACAGGGAACUACGCGAGGUCCUGGUGGACGGGGAACGAGCCCCAUGCAGCGCCGUGGCACCACCACCCGGAGCUGGCGUCCGGCGGGGUGUGGACGACCCCGACCGACCUGCUUAAGCUUGUCCGCGCCAUGCAGGCGUCACUCAGCCCGGACGGCGACAGCACCCUCGAGACGGAGGCGGCGCGCUUUCUGCCCACGGAGUUGGCCAAGGAGAUGCUAACUGAGGUUAAGGGCGGCAUGGCAUUGUCGUGGAUGGUGUCGCGGCGCAAGGGGCACGCUUUCGGGCACUGGGGCGGGAACAACCCUUCCUUCCGCUGCUGCGCCAUCGGUUUCGCGGACGUGACCGGCGGUGUCGAGAAGUGUGACCUUGAGGAAGGGUGCGGCGUAGCCGUCAUGGCGAACGGGUGGGAGGGCCACCACGGGUGCGCCAAGGUCGUACACGCCGUGGCGCACCUCAAGGGGUGGCCGUACCUCGGCACGCUGGAACACACCCAAGAGCUCGCCGUGCCCCUCCGGGACCCCGCCCGGAAGGUGGACGGGCGGUGGGAGGCAUGGAUCGGGGCGUGGUCGGGCGGCUGGGUGGUGGAGAGGGCCGAGGACGGCGGGCCGAGAGCGAGAUUCGGGGCCAUGGAGACGGUGGCGCUGGUCCCGGCCGCGAUUCCGGCGGAGCGCGGCGGGGAGGGGUGCGAGAUAUCGAUUGAUUUCUUGGUCGGGGAAAUGGCUGUCAUGCUCCGGUUGAAGGGGGCGGAGGGGGCGCGGAGCGUUGAGGUGUGGAAUGGGCUGACGUUCCGGGCGGAGAUGCUGGAGAGGGUGUAG